CAUUGAUCGUCUUUAUAUGCGUUAAUGGAACGCACGUUCUCUCUCUCUUAAAAACAUUUAAAUUAAUCAAAACAACAAGUAGUAGUAGUCUUUCACUCGUUCUAAAUCUCCUAACGUGAGCUGUUUAAUUAAUCUCUCUCUUCUCCCUCUUCAUCUCUUUUGUUCUUUUACGUGAAGUCAAACUCAAUAAACUCUGUUACAGCCCAUGAAUGAUCUCCUUCUCUCUCCCUGCCCUUGUCUGAACAUGAAGAAGUCUGCUCAACAUCUCAUCCUCUGAUUCGUUUCCCAUUACCCUAAACAAGCAGAAGAAGAAGCUUCUGCUUUCAACAUUACACACAUGGAGUUCAAAAGAGACAAUACUGUCAGAUUCUAUGGAGACGAGAAGCAAACCCUAGAAGUAACAGAGAAGCGUCUACCAUUACCAAUGUUCAAAUCAUCAGCAGCUCUAUUUCAAAAACAAGAGCUAGGAACCUCGAAGAAGAGUAUCUUCAAGAUCCCUAGGUUCGGUAGAUUCAAAGUCUUCCCGGAGAAUUUCGAGAUCGAGAGAGACAAGAUUCUAGAUCCUGGUGGUGACGUGGUGCUUCAAUGGAACAGAGUUUUCCUCUUUUGGUGUCUCGUCGCUCUUUACGUAGACCCUUUGUUCUUCUUCCUGUAUUCAGUCAAACGCACUGGACGAUCCUCUUGUAUGACCACGGAUUUGAAUCUUGGAAUCGUCGUUACUUUCUUUAGAACGCUAGCGGAUCUCUUCUACGUAUUGCACAUUGUCAUCAAGUUCAGAACGGCUUACGUGUCUCGCACUUCGAGAGUGUUUGGUCGUGGAGAACUUGUGAAAGAUCCUAAGUUGAUUGCUAGAAGAUACUUGAGAUCAGACUUCAUCGUUGACCUCAUCGCUUGUUUGCCUCUUCCUCAGAUUGUUAGUUGGUUUAUUUUGCCAUCAAUCAGAAGCUCUCACUCAGAUCAUACAACAAAUGCACUUGUCCUCAUUGUUCUUGUUCAAUACAUUCCUAGGCUUUAUCUCAUUUUCCCUCUAAGCGCUGAGAUUAUCAAAGCUACCGGAGUAGUCACAACCACAGCUUGGGCCGGUGCUGCUUACAAUCUUCUUCAGUAUAUGCUUGCUAGUCAUAUUCUAGGAGCGGCGUGGUAUCUACUGUCGAUACAACGGCAAGCUACAUGUUGGAAAGCAGAAUGUCAUAAAGAAUUUGCGCCUCUAGAAUGUGUUACAGAUUUUUUUGACUGUGGUACAUUGCACCGACCAGACCGGAAUAACUGGCAGAACAUAACGGUUGUCUUCAGCAACUGUGAUCCUUCAAAUGAUAUCAAAUUCACUUUCGGGAUCUUCGCGGAUGCUCUCACCAAGAACGUGGUUUCUUCGCCGUUCUUGGAGAAGUAUUUGUAUUGCUUAUGGUUUGGAUUACAGAAUCUAAGUUCUUACGGACAGAAUCUUGAUACAAGCACCUCUGUUCUUGAGACCAUGUUUGCUAUCCUCGUGGCUAUCUUUGGUCUUGUUUUGUUUGCUCUUUUAAUCGGAAACAUGCAGACGUAUUUGCAAUCGAUCACUGUGAGGCUUGAGGAGUGGAGACUGAAGAGAAGAGACACAGAAGAAUGGAUGGGACAUCGUCAACUACCUCAGGAUCUUAGAGAACGAGUGAGACGUUUUGUUCAGUAUAAAUGGUUAGCUACUCGAGGAGUUGAUGAAGAAACCAUUCUUCAUUCAUUACCAGCAGAUCUUCGAAGAGACAUCCAACGACAUCUCUGUCUUGACCUUGUUCGUCGUGUACCGCUGUUUGCGCAAAUGGAUGAUCAGUUACUAGACGCGAUAUGUGAACGGUUAGUGUCAUCUCUAAGCACACAAGGGAACUACAUUGUACGUGAAGGUGAUCCAGUGACGGAAAUGCUCUUCAUCAUCCGUGGAAAGCUCGAUAGCUCGACGACUAACGGAGGCAGAACCGGUUUCUUCAACUCAAUCACACUCAAACCAGGAGAGUUCUGUGGAGAAGAGCUUCUUGCAUGGGCACUGCUUCCAAAAUCAAAAGUAAACUUACCAUCAUCUACAAGAACGGUGCGAGCUUUAGAAGAAGUUGAAGCCUUUGCUUUACAAGCAGAGGAUCUCAAGUUUGUUGCUAACCAGUUCAGGCGUUUACAUAGCAAGAAGCUGCAACACACGUUCCGUUACUACUCUCACCAGUGGAGAACGUGGGCUGCUUGUUUCGUACAAGUGGCUUGGAGACGGUAUAAGAGAAGAAUGGUGGCUAAGAGUCUUAGCUUGGCUGAGUCAUUCUCAUCUUAUGAAGAAGAAGAAGCUGUUGCGGUUGCAGCUGAGGAGAUAAUGAGCCAACAAGGAGAGAGACAGAGCAGUAAUCCAUCGCGUCAUUCUACUUCUAUUGGGAAACCACAUUUUGCUGCAACGAUACUUGCUUCGAGGUUUGCUAAGAACACGAGGAAGACGGCUCAUAAGUUGAAAGACGUUGAGGUACCUAUGCUUCCUAAACCGGAUGAACCUGAUUUCUCUGUGGAUGGAGAUUAACCCGUUUUGAUAUUAAUCAAAAUCUAUUUAAAGUUAGAAAACCAGUUUGUUAAAAAU